GGAGCAAGACAGUGGCUGUUGCUGCCUCCAUUGUGGCCGGGGUUAGGAAUAAGCAGCUGCUGUUUUCUUGCUGAGUGCACUGUGAGACUUUUCAUUAAAGCUCUAGCCCCAGGGGAACUUUCUUCCGUGGCUGGAACCAGCCCCCCAGGGCAGCCCUGGGCUCUGCUGACACCAGCUUCUGAGCCGGAGACUCCAGCUGCCGGUGACCUUGCUAGAGGUGCCUCUUUCACCAUGGAGCCAUGGGUGAUGCUGGAUUCACGGCAGAAAGCCCUCUACCGGGAUGUCAUGCAGGAAAGCUAUGAAACGCUGAUGUCCCUCGCACUAUUUCCGAUUUCUAAACCUGACCUGAUCUCCUGGAUGGAACGCGGGGAGGAGCCAUCUGCCCGGGAUUUCCAGGGAUGGGAGAGCCCCCGAGGAGUCCACACAGCUGAUGGAUUGGUGAGUGACAAUGAGGAGGAAGAGGAGGAUGCCAAUGAGGAAGAGGAGGAAAGCCCUGAGGAAAUGGGACCGGGCAUGUCCCAGAGCCCUGAGCAGGAAAAGAGUCCAGCCAGCUCAGAGGGACUAAAGAAAACCCAACUGGGGAAGAAGCUGGAUAAGGCCACGCAGCACAGUGGGGGCCUGAAGAAGCCAAAGGGUGCAUCUGCUGCAAAGUCGGCAGCCCUUUGUGGGGACUGCGGGAAGAACGCCCAGGACCGGGUGCAGGCGGGCAGGGACCAGCGCAAGCUGCCCCAGCAGCGGGAGAAACCCUUCCGCUGCCAGGACUGUGGCAAAAGCUUCAUCUGGGCCUCGCACCUGGAGCGGCACCGCCGCGUGCACACAGGCGAGCGCCCCUUUCAGUGCCCCGAGUGCGGCGAGAGCUACAGCCAGAGCUCCCACCUGCUCCAGCACCGCCGCACCCACAGCAGCGACCGGCCCCACAAGUGCGGGGACUGUGGCAAGCGCUUUGCCCAGCCAGACGAGCUGGCUGCUCACCAGCGGGGCCAUGCAGCCGAGAAGCCCCACAAGUGCGGGGACUGUGGCAAGGGCUUCAUCUGGGCCUCGCACCUGGAGCGGCACCGGCGCAUCCACACAGGCGAGAAGCCCUUCCAGUGCCCUGAGUGCGGGGAGGCCUUCAGCCAGAGCUCCCAUCUCAGCAAGCAUCGGCGCAGCCACACUGGCGAGCGCCCCUACCGCUGCCCUUCCUGCGGCAAGAGCUUCUGCCAGAGCUCGGACCUGGCGCGGCACAAGCGGACACACCUGGGCAAGAAGCACCUGCAUUGCGGGGACUGCGGGAAGAGCUUCCGUGCCGGCCCAGCCCUGGCCCGGCACCAGCGCUCUCACCGGCGGGAGCGGGCGCACCGCUGUGGGGACUGCGGGAAGGGCUUCGUGUGGGCCUCGCACCUGGAGCGGCACCGGCGUGUCCAUACGGGCGAGCGCCCCUUCCCCUGCACCAGCUGCGGGGAGCGCUUUGCCCAGAAGGCCCAUCUACUCCAACACUGCAAGACCCACUCGCCUGACCGGCCCUACAAGUGCAGGGACUGUGGCAAGCGCUUCAGCGACAGCGCUGCCUUCUUGGCCCACCAGCAGGGCCACGCCACCGAGAAGAGCUACAAGUGCGUGGACUGCGGCAAGGGCUUCGCCUGGGCCUCCCACCUGGAGCGGCACCGGCGCAUCCACACUGGGGAGAAGCCCUUCAAGUGCGGGGAGUGCGGGGAGGCCUUCAGCCAGAGCUCCCACCUCACCAAGCACCAGCGCAGCCACCUGGGCAAGCGCCCCUACACAUGCAGCCAGUGUGGGAAGGCCUUUGCCUUCAGCCUUGACCUCGUCAUCCACCAGAGGACCCACAUGGGUGGCAAGCCCUACAAAUGCAUGCAAUGUGGGAAGGGCUUCACCCGGCACUCCAACCUUGCCAAGCACCAGAGGAGCCACGAGGAGGGUGAAGACUCCUGAAGGACUGGCCUUAGCACUGGAGGGGACCAAAGGGACCAAGGAUACGUGGGACACUUGGAAGCAAGCAAGGGUAGUCGGGAACCACAUGUGUGCUGCUUGGAGACUCAGGAGAACUGGGGCGUGGUAUAAAUGUGAUGUGUGACAGCUGUUGGAGGUGGCGGAUGGUACAAAUGUGGCACAUAGGAGCUCAGGGGUUGAGGGGGCAGUAUCAGUGUGACACACUGAGGGCUCAAGAAAGCAGAGGCAGUGUCAGCAUAACACACCACAGCUCAGGAGAGUAGAGGACAGGAUAAAUGUCAUGCUCUUUAGCUAAGUUUGGAUCCUGGAAGCAGACAAACAGGGAAAAUUACCCCAGCUGAGCACCAUACAGCCACAUUUGGAUUGAUUCUGAUAUGUGAGCUGGCUAGUGCCAAGCUAGCAGGGGUAUCCCGUCACUGUGUUGCAGUCUGCAAUGUGGAGAUACCCACAGUUCAAGGGGGGGACAUAUGGAAGAUAAGAGAUGCAGAGAUUGGCAAACAUAAGUCUUGCUCCUGCCACCUAGGCAGGUGAGAGCAGUGAAUUCAAUGCACCUGGAAUGGUGAAGAUGAGAAAUAACCUAGGAGGUUGGGAAAGCCAACCCUGAAUUCAAAUAGGAACUAAUGGCACCUCAGAGGGAGUGACUUGGGGAGGGGGAUGGUGUUCCCUGGUGCUGAGCAGAGCUGAGAAGGAGCCCAGGGAAGUCAAGCAGACGCAUGGCCAAGGUGACCCCCAUCAACAAGGCAACAGGAAGAUGAAAAGUCUGAUAGCCGGCCAUGUUUGGGCUGGCAGUAACCACAGCAGGUGAUUUCACUUGUGUAGGUCAGGACUCCCUGCAUUUUUGGGCUGGGUUACAUUUAUCAUUGGAUCCCAGAAAGCCACAGGGCCCUGUCUUUUCCCAAACCCCCGUUAGAAAUGUCACCCUCCUGCUUCUGAGAGCUGAGAACUGUUUGCCAUCAUGUGCUUGGUCGCUUUUGAAGUGCACCAUACUGCGUUCAGUUUUCCAUGUGGAGCUGUGUCCAGUGGUUCAUUUGUAACCUUUCUUGCUUUCUGUUGGGAAUAAAUACAAUAGUGUAGUUUUACCUGUACUACAAACUCCAGACUCUUAAGAAAUGUGUCUUUAAAUAUGGAUCUGAUGCUCUCUGGAACAGAAGGCUUUUAAUUUGCCCUGAGGUAUCAAAGUUCCUAUAACCCGGCAAGGUCUGAUAGGUAAAACUCUCCGAGGAUUUCUGUGGAGCACUGAGUUGGUUGCCCAUGAGAGUGAGAUGGCACGCUCUCCAAAACUGGGGUUGACAACUAGGGCACGGUUCAUAGGCUAAGAUUUUCACAAGUGACUAUUAAUUUUAGAUCAGCACUUCUCAUUCCAAGCCAGAAAAUAGGUCUCCUUACCAUCCUGUAGUGCAGACCUUGUCUGUCAGCAUGGAUGACGUCCUUUUAUCUUGUACAACUCCCCAAGUUUCCCUCCAUUUAUCCUAAUCACUGUGUUUCUUUCCUUUUCCACACCACCAAAGUAUGUAGGCUGAAAUGGCUAAAUGGUGAGAUAAGAUGCAAUAAGAAAGAUAAUAAGACUGUAAGAACAAUUUCACAAAUAACAACUAUUGGUGAAUGUUUAUGAACAACAUGUUCAAGGUAGUACAGAUAGGUUGGGAGAGGAGAGGAAGAUCAUGUUGCCAAGAGAUCAUUGAAUACUGAGGUAGUAGGUGUCAAAUUAAGAGGAAGACCCAAGAGAGGAUGGCUAGAUCAAAUAAAGGAUGGUAUGCAAAUAGGAAAUAUAUCAGAGGCCCUUAUCAAUGCUAAAAUAGCAUGGAAAAGGAUAUUUAAACUGUGACCCAACCAUGCAUAAGGAUAAAGGUGAAGAAAACCAGGACUAGGGAUUUUAUUAUUUACCUUACAACACUGGAAAACAGCCUUAUUUUCAGAGGGGCAGACCACUGUUCAAAAGUCAAGACCCUUUAACAUGCCUCAUGCUGAACACCUAAAAUUAUUGGUCACUUCUGGAAAAUCAUGGUCCAAUUUUCAGUUUCUCUGACAACAACAAAACAGUUUGUUUUUUAAGACAUUAUUGGCAGACAGAAUUUUCCAAGAAAAUUUCAAAGGCCUGGCCAAGUGUCACCUGUCUAAUGAUGUCCUCUCUUCACUUUUACAUCAUAACUGCCACCACAUUAGAGACAUACCAAUUUACCAAUACUGAUCAAGCUAGAGCAGUACAACUUCCAGGUGUAGACAUGAUAGUAAUGGAGGUAGCAUUUUAAACUGAUUUAUAGCUUUGUGCAUAUGGAAACUCUUGAUCUGGUAUAAAACCAGGUUUAUGCCAAUUUAGCUUCCCCUGGCAAACUGGUGGUAGAUACACUGAUUUUACCCAUUUCAAACCACAAGAGCAUCUACAUGAGGGUUUGUGCUCCAGGAAUUAAACUGGCUUUUAACCUGAUUUUAAAUUAGACUUAUUUCACUUCUGUGCAUACAGGAGACCUUAGGAACUAAAUGUCAUUUUUAGAUAAAUGACUUUAAAAUGGAUCCUUUUUGCACAAAUACUUGGAGAGCUCCCAUGAGGGAGCAGUAGGGAAAAUGCAACUAUUACUAACUGAAUGAUUCAGAUGGGGAAUUAAGACACACAGGCCUACCUGGAGGACAUAGUUACUUGGAAGGUAAGGAUCUGAGCUUUGCUGUGGCUCAGAUAUGAUCACGGGAAGGCAUUUGUUAUGCCCAGAGAAAUGUGGACCUAGGCCCACCAGGGGAUCUAUAAGCCUCCCUUAAUCAAGGUGGUCAGUACAGAUUCUGGGGGGUACCUAAAAAAGAAAAGAGGGAUGGAAGUGAAGGUCACAGGUUUAUAACCAGUUUUCCAAGCAGAGCAGAGUACAAUGGCUAGUGCCCAAUACCUCUUGAAUGUGUCCAAGGAGCCAGUGGAUGCUGCCCAGUGAAACUCUUGCCCGAAAGCAUGAGCAGAGGGGAGAUUGGAAGGCAGCCCUACAGUCAGUAGAGUUCCCCCUGGCAAUAACCUCUUUCCUGGUCCGGCAGAUGGUGACUUUGGCUAGAGCCAGAAGCAGGUUGACCAGGAGGUCCCAGGACUUGGUGGGGCCAUGAAUGGGACAUGCAUAAAAGAAAAGGUGUGGGGAGAAGUGCAGCCAGAACCUCAGGAGGAGGUUCCUACGGUGGUGGUGAAGGGGCUAGAGCCCGGUGCACUUGUGGUAGGCGUUCACCAGGGUCUCCCCCUGUUGACAGAAGGGGCAGGUGUUGGGGGCAUCUGUAAAGCACUCCAGAUACACACUUAUGGAGAUGGCUCCAUGCAGGGGCUGCCACUUAGAAGGAAAGGAAGCUGGGCUGCAACUCUGUGCGGAGGUAACCUAGAUGAGUUUACUACUCUAGGUUCAUGUUGGGUGCAGCCUGAAUGAAGGUAAAGGGGGUAGAGGCUGUGGCUUUACAGCAAAACUCCUCCAGUUCUCAAUAUUGCCAACCCCAAGUAUUAAAAGGCUGUGAGUUUGGUCCCCCUCCCCCCCCCCCCCCCAACCUUGACUUAAACACACACACGAACAAUACAUUUCUAGGUUUGUUUGGCUUUUUAAUUUGCCUCUGGGUUUAUUAUUUUUUUAGCCUUUUCAGGUCAUAUUUUCAAGCUCUUCUCUGCAAUCAGGAGGGCUGCAAAAUUGUCAGCUGAGAUUAUCAUAUGACUCCAGUAGCUGGGACUUUAAGAUAAAGACCAAAUAGCCCAAGACUGGGGAUAAAGACCACAAGCAUCAGCAAUGCUGGGAUCUGCUCAUUACAGCCCUGGUCCAGCCAGAUGAAGGUCCUGGCCAUGCCCCCUUGUCCAUCCCCCUAUUAUGGCCCCACCACGCAGGAGCAGCCUAUGUAAAUGUUCACUGUGUGGCUAGGAAAGAAGCCAUGACCUCUCUUCUGUCAGGCACCUGCCAGACACCAUUAUGUACACCAAGGUCUCUUAUGAACUAGGGCCAAGCUGAAGACCAGGGAGCUAAAUCAACAAGGCCCAAUGCUGUAGUGUCGGCUGGUCUGUACAAACGUACAGCCUCUGGCUUGGCACCCAGGCUCCCUUGUAUGACACCCAGGGAGAGCUGCAAGGAGACUCUCAGCCCCUGUCCCCGAUCAGGAAGCUGGCAAACUAAGCAGCAGGAAAUGCUGAGAACAGGGACCCAGACCCCACCUCUCAGAAGUCCUUCAGUACCCCGCUCAACUCAGGGUUAGCGCCCGUGAGCCCUGUCCUCAUAUUAGACAGCUGUUCUCAUGAAAAUCCCAAAGACUGGUCCCUACAUUAGACCCCACAGCCCAGGGGUGAGCACACUCACCCGAGUGGGAAGACCCGUUUUCAAGCCCCCACUCCAGCUGCUUCAGGGCACAGACUUGAACUAGGUUUCCCUCAUCCUAGGAGCACAUAAAAAAACCCUAUAGACACUGGGAUGUGCUGAAAUAAGGCUCUCCGAGUCGGCCUUAUGGGAGGUGUUCUGCCUUGUGAUAAUUAAAUACCCACCAGACCAGGGAAAGAGCAAGAGAGAAGCAAGAGACUGACUUUGCUGACCAGUGGUUUUGUCCAAGGCCUGGCCCAACAGGCAAGUCCUGACAACAUCUUUUGGAUCCGGGCCCAUAUGCCAAGGCUGAGACAUGACCUGAGGCUGCAAGUGGCUUGAUGGUAACAGGAUGCCAAGCACUGCACAUGCCCAGCUGUAGAAACUUAGACACCAAAAGGGUGAGGGCACAGCUGGGCAGGGCUUUUUAGUAUCUUGGGCACUUAAGCCUCUAUGGAUUCUGCCCCAUAUGUGAAGGAGCCCUCCAUCUCAACCCAGGACUUAGGAAGACAGGCUCAUGGCCGUACUUGGAAGCUUUUUCCAACAGCCACAGAGUCAAGAGCCAUAUUAUUAUCUGAAUGAAAAUAACAGAGGUUGAUGCAAACAGAUGCUGGCAGGGGCUUGGGCCCUCAGACUAGGCCAAUAGGUCCAGGAGUAAUGUUUUCAGAAAGCAUUUAAGUGAUUCAGGAAGGUAAAUUCUCAGAUAAAUUCCAGAACCGAAGUUUCACUGAUUUGCAAUGGGACAAGGACUCCUGAGUGCUGAUGAUAUGGUUCCCAUGGGAGCUAGGCUCCUAAACACCAUGGAGGACCUGGGCCUUUGGUACACAUACAGGCUUUUAACUUAAGUGGGUUUCAGAUUUUUGAUUUUUAAGGAAAACUUUUUGUGUGCUUGGACAAAUUAGCCAGAUCAGGUCCAAAUUCAUCAUGCAAGAACCAUAUGUGGCCCUGCUACCGGCAAGUAGCACACGAGCCUGGGGCUUCAGAUACUUCCAAAUCCUUUGGCAGGCAUCCUACAUGCAAGCCCAGAGGCUUGGGGUUCAGAUGCCGCCGAGUUUUGCUUGCUCUAAGCCGUGUUUCAGAUUUUUUACUGUAGGUUAUUAUCUGGCUUUGAACCUAGAUCGGCUGAGCUCUAGGGAACACUGAGAGGGGUUUGCUGUUUUACGUGUUCAAGCAAUGGCAACAUUUUUAAUUGUUUUAUUUUUUCUGGUCAAACAGCACAGCAGCAAGCAGGGCCUCAUGUUUACCACCAUCAGUUAGAGCCCUGGCUCCUACCCAGAAGGGUGCUCUCUAGCAUCUGCUCCCCGGCCUUACCCAGGGACCCUGGGCAGGAGGCUCUAACUGGGAUUUUAUGCAAACUGGGUUGGGAGUAGGUGUGGUGCUAGCAAGAGAGCUGAGCACAGGUUGGGCUGGGUUGUAAUGAUUUGUGUCAUGCUCCAGCUCAGCUCAAGGUAGCUUCUGCUUUAGCAACCUUCCCCUUAAGGUGUACAAAAAGUCCCCACUGCUGACUUGGGCACCCCCUAACUGGAAAGCAACAGGAGUAGCUUCAUCGCAUCACAGCCUGGUGGCAGAGACAGACUGGCACGGAUGCUCCUGUGAUGGCACAGCUCCCAUCUUCUGCCAUCACUUAGGCCACAGCAUCCCUUGUCAAAGCAGACAGCCGGUCCUGCAGGCACUGGGCCAACACCUUCUCUCUCUGGAUGUCCCUGCCAAGCUUGCACUCUUAAAAGCUUGUUUUUUACUGUGACAGACAACUCUGGGACUCAGAAUGGUGGGUACUUAUUUAAUUAAGUGCCCAGGCUCCAAGGAUGCCUAUUAAACACAAAGCUAGGUAGAGCAAGCUGUCCCAUUGCACAUCACACCUGAAGAUUUGCUGUUACUAAGGCAAUGUCCAUUGAAGGGAAUGCGUUUCCCCACCAGAAAACCAGAGCCUGCAUUGCUUUGGCAAAACCAAAUGUUUUUCUUGUAAUGCUAAAGCAGUUUUGCAGCCUCCUUCCCUGCCCUACCAUGGCUUUCUUGUUGUCUUUCCCCUCUCUGGCUCAUUUUUUAUCCCAAAAAGACCAUUGGCUGUUGUCUCUUGAUAAAGUCCAAGUGGCUCUGACCCCAUCUUGCUGCUCCACCAAAACCAGGGAGGUUCUGUAAAUUUUCCUCUAACAGAUUUCUGCCCAUGCUUAAUGGCUCAUUGGGCAAGUGUAGUUGAGGCACGCUGAGGCACCCCAGAGAAAGAGAUGGCCAGUAUCAGGCCUAGCUACUUCAGCCUGCAUGCCAGGUACCCAUAAACAGCUGGAUUAACAGGGGACAGCCUUUCUUGGGAGCCCAAAGUGAGACUCCAGAGCUGUAGCAAGAUACCUUCACCACUGCUGCCACACUCCACAGAUUUCUCCUCCACGCUUUACUCAGAAGUAUAUGGUCUAUGAUUGCUAAACAGGAGAUUGUACACCCCUUUAAUUUUUCUGUGAAAUACAAACUUUCAUUUCUACUUGGGAGAACUUUUACAAUCUUUCCUCCUAUGCCCGAGGAAGGGUACUUGUGCCUGAAAGCUUGCAAUUAAAGAAAUUGUUUUGCAAAAAUUGAGUUGGCCUAAUAAAAGAUAUCACUUCUACCUUGA